CCUCAUUGUUAGUAUUAUCGUCUAUGUAGCAGGUUGCACAUUUUCUUGUCCCAUUUUCGCGCCAUUUUCCAACGACUGCUCGCUGCUUCGAUGGCGGACAUUUCUGGACAACAAUUUCGAGAAGACGAUUGUUAACUUCCUGUGGCCAUUUCAAACUGAUGCGCCAUCAUCUGGAAUCUGAAUCGAGUUCUACCCGAAGGCUGGUGGAUAUCGUCUAAUAUGCUGAGCGACCAGAACCCACUUCAUAAAUAAAAGAUUACGGGCGUAAAGACAGGAGAAAUUGAGUCACGUGUCGGCAGAGUAAAUACUUGUGUAGCAUUUUAAAUAGAGACGCAAAUCUGGAAAUUGAAAAAAAAAAUGGAACGGAACAAACAGCAAAACGUGUGCUUUUAGAAAUGUGGCAUUGGUGCAUGGCCGCUGCAUUGACGUAAAUAAAGAUUUCUGCUCUUGUAAAGUCUCUUAGAAAAUCUACGGAAAACAACUUCAAAAUGGGCCUUUACGGAAUAAGGGCAUGUUUGGCAGGCAAAUACGUUCAAAGGAGCUUGUGCACAACUUGUAAUUCUCUCUCACCAAAUGCAACUAAAGCUGCCCCGAAAGUUACACCCCUGUCCAAGAUUCUAAUAGCCAAUCGAGGUGAAAUUGCCUGCAGAGUCAUCAGGUCUGCAAAACGGUUAGGCAUCCAAACUGUUGCUGUUUACAGUGAUGCAGAUCGUAAUGCUAUGCAUGUUAACAUGGCUGAUUCUGCCAUCCGCCUUGGCCCAGCAUCCUCUGUUGAAAGUUAUCUAAGACAAGACAAGGUUCUAGAAGCUGCUUUCAGAACAGGGGCUCAGGCAAUACAUCCUGGAUAUGGAUUUCUCUCUGAAAAUGUUGAAUUUGCAGAGCUUUGCUCUAAAGAGGGUAUUAUAUUCAUCGGUCCUCCUGCUUCAGCCAUCAGAGACAUGGGGAUUAAAAGCACCUCCAAACACAUCAUGUCAGCUGCUGGAGUUCCUGUGAUUCAUGGAUAUCAUGGAGUGGAUCAAACUGAUGAAAGAUUAAGGCAUGAGGCAGAAAAAAUUGGAUUUCCACUCAUGAUUAAAGCUGUUCGAGGUGGAGGUGGUAAAGGCAUGAGAAUUGCGCUUACACAGAGUGAGUUCGAGACUCAGCUCGAGUCUGCUAAACGUGAAGCACAAAAGUCAUUCGGGGAUCAGGUUAUGUUAUUGGAACGUUAUGUUGAAAGGCCUCGACACGUUGAAGUGCAAGUAUUUGGCGACAAAUACGACAACUAUGUCUACCUAUUUGAACGCGAUUGCAGUGUGCAGCGACGUCAUCAGAAGAUCAUCGAAGAAGCACCUGGACCAGGAAUUUCAAGUGAAACGAGAAAGCAACUUGGAGAAGCGGCAGUUCGGGCCGCCCGUGCCGUUGGGUACGUCGGGGCUGGAACGGUUGAAUUCAUUAUGGAUCCUCAGCAAAACUUUUUCUUUAUGGAGAUGAACACGCGAUUACAAGUAGAGCACCCAGUAAGUGAAAUGAUCACCAACACCGACCUGGUUGAAUGGCAAUUAAGAGUUGCUUCCGGGGAGCCGUUACCUUUGGAUCAAUCGCAAAUCCAUUUAAAUGGUCACGCUUUCGAAGCACGAAUCUACGCUGAAGAACCCAAAAAUAAUUUUCUCCCAGGAGCUGGACCCUUGUUGCAUCUCACUACCCCAAAGCCCAGUUCGGAUGUUCGUGUUGAAACAGGUGUGGCGCAAGGUGACGUCGUUUCUGUUUUUUACGAUCCCAUGAUUGCGAAACUUGUUGUUUGGAGCUCGGAUCGCGCCAGUGCAUUACGUAAACUACGAUCCUGUUUGUCCGAGUACAAUAUCGUCGGUUUAAAUACGAACGUUGACUUUCUGAUGCAACUCUCUUCUCAUCCAAAAUUCAUCGAAGGAGACGUUCAUACAGAUUUCAUCUCUCAGCAUCACGGUGAUCUGUUCCCAAAUAAGCCAGUCACUGAUAGUUUAGUGAGUCAAGCGGUUUUGGCUUCCAUUCUUAACGAGGUCAAUGUCAGCUCAAGUCAACAAGGAUCGACAAGAGACCCCUACAACCCUUUUGCUUCGUAUUCGAUGGCAAGGUUCAAUCUCAACUAUCAAAAGAAUGUGAAACUAACGUGCCAAGACAACACAUACGAUGUACGCGUCACCAGCUGCGGAAACGGAUUCUACAAACUAAAAGUCGGACAGUCCGAAGAAAUUGACGUUACAGCCAAACUAUCGGAAUCAGACAAUGUCAUCAGCAUUGAAUUAAGUGCAAAUGGCGAGAUCUCAAAAUCUCGAGUCGUUUUCUUGAAUGGAAAUGUGCAUCUCUUCACAAAGGACGGAAGCGUAGCAUUUUCCAUGGAAAAGCCUUCCUUUUUAACGAAGCUAGGACACGGCUCUGUUCAGCAAGGAGGUGCCGUGGCUCCAAUGCCCGGAAUCAUUGAAAAGAUAUUGGUUAAGGAUGGCGAAGAAGUUAAGGUUGGUCAACCCCUGUUGGUCAUGAUUGCCAUGAAAAUGGAGUACGUUAUUCGCGCACCAGAAUCCGGGGUUGUUGAGAAGGUCAACUAUAAAGUUGGCGAUUCAGUGGCAAAGAACGCAGCACUGGUACGGUUUGUCUCAACUGACAAGAAAUAGUUUAUUGCCCGUCCGUCUGUCUCUCUCAUUGUCAAGUAUUGCCAAGUCGCGUGUAUAUCAAACAGAGGUCUAUAAAUAGUACAAAUAA